UUUUACACUGAUAUAAAUUUCACAUUCGAAAUCGCUCUCUGGAGAAUCGACCCCGCAUUUAGGGUCGUCGUAAACUGGCUUGCACUCAGGCCGGCGACCACACAAGCUUCUUAUGAUAAGUGCCUCAACUUUACCUGCUUGGCUGCCGUAGCUAGCAUAUUACUGACGUGAAGCUGAAGAGUCAAUUUCGUUUCGCUUGGAGUACAAGUUAUGCCGCAAAGCGUUUUGAUAGCAAAUACUGCAGAGAGUCGCUGUUGAUUAGAAAUGUAAGGGCGAGCAGCUCCGGAACUUUAAGAAUGAGCUACAAGCCAAUCUCUGUUGACUGGGCUAGGGCGGAAGAGAGCUUUCGGGUGGCACGGUGUGCAAGCACGGAGCCGUCAGAAUAUGCAAGCACCGUCUCCCCCGGUCGCUUCGCGCGCCAUGGGCUUCAUCAGGGCCCCCAGCCCGGCCUGCGCGACGAGGGCGGUCCGGCCCGCCUCCUGCCCGGCACCAGCAGCAGCAGCCUCAGCCAGCCGCUGGGCCACAGCUUCACCAGCACGCACAGCUCGGCGGGCCGUGACGUCAAGGACAGCUGCUGGGCCCCUAGCAGCGCGGGGCCACCAAGAGCCGCCGCUGCAGCCGGUCCCCCAGCACCCCAGCAUCCACCCCACCAUCACGAGGCCUGGGCGCCGCGGCCGCCGUCCGGCCUGCUGCAGCCCUCGCCGCCGCGCCAGCAGCCGCCACCACAGCAGCCCGCGGCGGGCAGCCUCCCUGGCAGCGCGCAGCCAGGCCCCAGCCCUGCCGGCAACUGCAGCUCGAGCCUACCGCUGCCCUCGCGGAUGACGGGAACGGACCUGGCUCGGGCGGCGCUGGGCCGGAUCGCCACAGCGGAGCAGACGCUGCUUGACGUCAGCACGUCCUCGCCAAGCAGCCCCGCGGCGGCUGGCGGCAUUGGGGCGGGGGCCACAGGCGCCGCCGCCUUUGGCUCCGCGGGGCGUUUCCACGCGCACCGGCUCACCGUGACGCCAGGAAGCCCCGGCGCCAGCGCCGGCGCCGGUAUUCGUAUCGCAUUCUCAUCAUGCGCCUCACCUACUACGGCCGCAGCCGCUGCCUCGCCGAGCGCGCCCAGCGGCCUGCCUCCGCGGCCGCCGCCACCACAGCUACCGCACGAUGCGUUGUCGCCUGCCGCGGAUCCGCACGCCUCCCCAGCAGCAGCCGCGCUGCAGCCUGGCAGCCCGCUCCACGAGCGCCGGCUUGCGGGCGGUGCUGGGCCCACUGCCGCUCCGGUGGCGCCGUCGGACGGGCCUGAGCUGGUGAGCCUGGAUGCGGUGGCGGCAGACGCAGAGGCGUGCCUUGGCGGCGGCGGCCGAGGCGGGGGCGGGGCCGGGGGCUCACCACAGCGGCUGGCGGCGGGCCACAGCCCAAACGCUCGAGUGGGCUGGGGCAGGCUUGCUGCGCGCGCUGGAGGCGGAGGCGGUGGAGGCGGAGGCGGUGGAGGCGGAGGCGGUGGAGGCGGAGGCGGGCAGCAGCAGCCGGGCUCGGUCUUCACAUCGUUCUCUGAGCGACACCACCAGACCGUCGGUGCCGGCUCGAUGAAGUCACGACAUGCCGCUGGCAAUGCUGGCGGCGCCGCGGGCUGGGGCGUCGUCGGCAUGUCUGCCGGCCAGGCGCAGGCGGGGCAGCACCUGCAGCGUGGCAGCUCGAUACACGCCCGCGGCGGCGGUGGAGGAGGAGGCGCAGGCGGCGGCGCGUCCGCGGCCGCAACGGCGAUGGCUAUGCGCAUGGUGCAGGGGCUGCAGGAGCGGGACGAGUUCAGCCUGGUGGCGGCGGCGAGGCAGCGGCAGCAGCGGAUCAACACGCCCGGCCCCAUGGAUGGCCGUCGCACCGCCUCACCGUCGCUAAUGAUGAUGCGGCGGCAGCAGCAGCAGCAGCAGCAGCAGCAGCAGCAGCAGCAGCAGCAGCAGCAGCAGCAGCAGCAGCAGCAGGCACAACAGCAGCCGCAGCCUCCUGCGGUGCCGAUGGGCAGCCCGCAUGCCGGGGGCGAGCAGCCGCCGUCACCGUUGCAACAGCGGCAGCGACAGGCCUCCUUGACGGCGCCGGACAGUCCGGAAGGCGAGCAGGAGGCGGUGGUUGACAUCUUUCUCAGCCAGCCCAUCCCAGCGCUGUCAAUGCUGGACUCGCCAGGCAACAGCCGACCCGCCUCCUUCACCUGCUCAGGCGCCAAGCUUUCGCAGCGGCCCCACACAGACGACCGAGCCCUCAGCUGCCCGGGCGUUUCGCUGGACCUGGGGUUGGCACCGGGCAAUGUAAUUGCGGGUGCGGUGGAUGCAGGUUGCGACAACGGUAUUGAGGUUUUGGGGCCGGCUGCGGCGGCACUGGAGGUGGCGGCGGCGAUGGCGGCAGCACCGCCGGAGGCGACGGAGCCGGCGCAGCACAUGCAGUCGCUGAAUCCGCAUAUCCUGAGGUCACACCCAGAGCUCGGCGGCAGCUUCGGCGGCGCCACUGCCAGCCCCGGUCGCGGCGCCGGGCUGCGGCCCUCCGCCCCUGUCAUCUUGUACAGCCCACAGGCUUCAAUGUCGGGCGCCAGCACCGCCGUCAUGGCUCUGGCCCAAGCGUACGCCAGCACCGGCGGCGGCGGCGGCGGCGGCGGCAUUGGCGGCAUCAGCAUGAGCCGCCCAAGCCGUGUCAGCACCAGUGCGCUGGGCUCGGGGCCCAACGACUUCUACAGCACCACAACCGCCAGCGCCGCCACCGGCGCCGCCACUGGCGCUGGCAGUGUGAGUGCUAGCGGCGAGGCGGUAGCCCGGCCUAGCGCCAGCUUUGGCGCGUCUGGGUCGUCCGCCGGCAGCCGCGCCAGCGUCAGCGGCCGCUUCAGCUCUCCGCCGCCGCAGCUCAGGCUAGGGCUGGGCUUGGGCCUAGCAGGGGCACCUGCUGCCGCGCUUGGCCCAGGGGCGGUUGUGGUGGCGGCGCCUGCCGCGCCGCACAGCGGUGGGGCGACGGCGCGUGAGGCGGCGGCGGCGCUGGCGGCGGUCCGGGCGCUGGAGGGCCGGUACGGCAGUGCGGUGGCGCCGGAUGAGGAGUUGUUGGCACUGGAGCAGGAGGCGGCGUUCCGCGACCGGAGCGUGCGCAUGCAGGAGGCUCUCCAGGCCGCCAACCCUGCGGCUUACAGCGAGGAGGCGGCGGAGGCGGCGGAGGCGGCCUACCGGGCGCUGGCGGAGCGGGCCAAGCUGAGGCUGAAGAGGCUGCUCGCCGAGCCCACAACCGACCAGGCGGCGACGCGGCAGCUGCAGAACGCAGUGCUGGAGCUGGGCAGCUUCAGGCCUUUCUUCCUGCCGCCGGUGUUGGAGCGCGCCAGGAUGGAGCGCGCGCCGCUGGAGCACAAGCGCGAGGAGAAGCGCUGGCUGCUGGACGACUCCAUCUUCGCGGCGCGCAGGAAGGAGAACGAGGCACGGGACUUCUUCGACACAGACAAGGUGCGCAAGGCGCAGCUGAAGCUGGACUGGGAGCGCAUCGCCUGCAAGACGCGCUUCCGCAAGAUGGUGGCGCGCUCCGACCUGGGGGUCAAGAACGACGGCCAGCGGCUGGACGAGGAACUGGGCGAGGUGCGGCAGGAACUGGAGAAGCAGGCUGGCUUCAUCCGCUCAGCCUUCACCUACUACUCGUCUGCCAACGGCGCGCUCACGUCCACCAACAUCCUACAAAUGGGCGCCAACGUGUGGCUCAACUUUUGCAACGACGCCGGCAUUGUGCACCCCACACAGCGCGGCUGCACGGUGCAGGACCUGCAGACCAUCUUCAUCUCCGUCAACUUUGAGGAGGAGAGCGAGACGGUGGAGGCGGAGGCAAACGACGAUGACGCAAUGAUGCGGUUCGAGUUCAUGGAGGGCAUCGUGCGCGCGGCGUUUGGCAAGUACAUCGAGAGCAAGCGCUGCUUUGACUCGAGCGACGCGGUGGCGAUGAUGUUGACCGACAUCCUGGCCGCGCCCGACCUGCCGCCCGAGGCGCGCGUGGACCCUGACACCUUCAGGCGCACGCGCUUCUACAGCCCGGGCGUAGAGGCAGUGGUGAAGGAGCACCUGGACCUGCUGCUGGGCAUGUACAAACUGUACAAGGCGAAGGACAGGGCGAAGCUGUUCUGGCCGGAGCACUGGGCGGCGUUCCUGGACGGCAACAAGUUGCUGGGCCUGGCGACAGGCGUGGAGCGGCGCGAGGCAAAGCUCAUCUACUGUUGGAGCCAAGCGCUGGUGACGGACGAGCUGCGGCGGCGGCAGCGCGCCGUGUCGCUGACCUUCUGGGACUUUGUCGAGGCCGUGGCGCGGCUCGCGGACCUGAUCUCGCCGCCCGGUCAUGAGGACCUGAUGGCCUACUUCCAGGCCAAGGGAGACGUGGCGCCGCAGCCCAACCACCUGGUAUACGAGUACUACCGGCACGUGGGCGACGCCGGCACGGCCCGCAAGCGCGAUUCGGCCGAGCUGGUGGCGCCCCCCAGCCGGCCGCUGGAGGUGAAGCUGCGGCUGCUGCUGGAGUACCUGGUGGUCAGCCUGCGCGAGGCGUGGGGCGGCAAGGACGCCAAGGACGUGGCAGCCAAGGUGCUCAAGAUGGCGCAUUAUCUCUGUGGAGGCAUUGAGAUGCAUUAGUCUGGUGCAGAUGGAAUCAGCCGUCGAGGCGGUGUUUUGCCGAUAUGUAUGUGCGGGGAGGCACUGCAAGCAUGUGACAUGCCGGGAGAAACAUGUCUGACAGGAAAGUCACGCACGUGUGUCAAGAUAAGGGUUGGUGAGAGAUCCUGAUUGCAUCACUGUAUGCAUUGGGGGGCGAAGCUCAUAAUAAAUCGUUUGCAUCUUGCACAUGCGUCUCGGUGGAUACGGUGAACGGGCAUUGCUCAGGAGUGAUAAGAUACUCGAGCGGACGUGCAUUUUUGUGUGCACUGGUCGGAAUAUGGAGACAGGCUGUUGGAAACGUUCAUGUCACUCCGCCUGACGGCGUUGUGGGCGCCACACCGCAAGGUGUGUAAGCCACUCCCGAUUGCCUGCUUAACAUUGCACGCUCGUCCAUUUACAAUGCUUGAGGAUUAUUGCUUCGAGAAGAAGCUCAUCACAUAGCGAGGAAUCGAGGUUGUGCAUGUUUGAUGGGCUAAUAAGGCGUCGAGGACUGUGGCCAACGCCCAUGCAGCAGACGUGCACACGGAUGGUGCCGAUUUGUGCAUGCGGUGUAAACCGUACGUGCAUCACCCACUGCUUUGUGGGCGUUGUGUGCGGUCAUGAUAAGCUGGCAGAGGAAGGACGGAUCGGCGGAACGGGAGGUCGGACAACUGCAGUGGUGGGCCGCGGGCGCCACGUAUAUGCAUUUGAUAAAGCGAUAUUGCUGGGCCGGACCGACGUGCCGGGGCCGAGGGCAUAGAAGAAAUAGGGAAGGUCGGGCAUUGGCACUGGCGGGCACAACAAUUGACACCCAAGGGACGAUGGCAGAGCGCCAGGGCCAUCUUGCGGGCCCUGUUGUAAUAUGCGCUCAUUAAGAACUGGAAUUUACUACU